UUACAUUUGUGGAGUUUGACUGGUGUGUUAUGUGUGAAGAGACCGAUGGUGAUGUUGUGCAGUCGUAAACUGACUUGUGCGUGUCCGGUAGUUGUAAGCUCAACGUACAAAGACUAACCGACAAUGGGAUAACGUGGAAGUGAACGAGAGCGUGGCGUGGUAAUGGUAGCACAGUCGGCUAGCUAGCAUGCUAACAGCUAACAACAAUGAGCCGUAUUUGGCGCUCUAGCCGGCAAAAGUUUGAAUUUAAAUGGAAGAAUGGGUUCAUCGUAACUUUUUGUGUUUUGUAAAGAAUAUUGACAAAAUGCCCGAAUGGCGCAAAGCUGAUAGCCGUGUGUUAUUUAGACACAUGUGUUAAGUACAAUGGUAGCUUUUUGUUUCUUCACUUCACAACGCGCUGCUGCCCGCUUUUUGUUUCGAGUUUCUGCUGCAAACAAAUCCUCAAGCUGAACAGCGUCACAAAUCAACUAAAUCAUCCACCUUUAUUGUCUUUGUGCGAACAAACUCGUUCAGUGUCCAACGCAUUGACUGGUGUUCAGAAAAGUAGCAUAAACGCCAGUUAACGAUAGUAACACGCGAUGUUGUGGUGGGUGUAACGUUUCGGCGAUUCCUAGCGUUCAGCGUGCGGACUGUGUGGAAGGUUGGAAGCCUGCAUCAGUAAAACGUAACAUUACUGGUCCUUAUGUUAUGAUUAUUAAACGCAACCAAUAUCAGGUUAUAACGUUAGUGCAAUGUCUGUUUUUGUGUUUUUGGUGUUCCCGCGACUUGGCUUUAAAUUCCUUUAAUAUGCUUGUUGCUUUAGCCAAAGUUAGUCCUGUUUUUUAGUGUGUUUGUGGGCCGUAUAUGUGAUGAUUUGAUGGCUAAAAGCUGACUUUCGUAUGUUUAAAUUAUGUGUUACGACUAGCUUGGUUAUAUGUCUACUUGUGGGACCGCCCCCUUUUCAGUAGUAGAAAGCUCAACUGUCUGCAGACAUCCACGGUGCCUUUUUACCGGGACCAUUUCCGAUCUUUUGUUUUACGCUUUUCAGAUUUUUGCCAUAACACCGACCAACAAACAGACUAUGUUUGGCUUUCACAAGUCAAAGAUCUACCGGAGUAACGACGGCUGUUGCAUCUGCAAGACCAAGUCCUCCAGUUCACGCUUCACAGACAGCAGUCGAUAUGAAGAGACCUUCGAGCUGUGCUUUGGGCUGUCAGAAGAUCGUGUUGGAGACAUUUGCAAUGCCUGUGUGUUGCUUGUGAAGAGGUGGAAGAAGCUACCUAAUGGCUCCAAGAAGAACUGGAACCACGUGGUGGAUGCCCGGGCUGGACCAGGCUUCAAGAUGACAAAGCCCAAGAAGAUCAAGAGCGGUGAUGGGAAGAGGAAAAGCAAGCUAAAGAAGCUUCAUAAAUUAAAGAGACAAACAGACUCCGAUGCCCACAGCACAACAUCCAGUGUGUCUCCGGCUCAGUCCCCCAGUUACAGCAACCUGUCAGACGAUGGCUCAGACAUCGAGUCCAAGCAAAGACGCCCGACUCCCACCAUCUUCUCUUUCCUGGACCGUUCGUACUGGAAAAGGCAAAAGGUGUGCUGUGGGAUUGUCUACAAGGGGCGGUUUGGAGAGGUGAUUAUUGAUCCUCGGCUCUUCAAGCCCUGCUGCAGUUCCAAAAAACAGAAGACACUGGUGUCCACGCAGGUGGCCACACACCUUCCAGACACACUUCCUCCACAACUCCCAGAAGACGUGAAAGAAACCUGGUGAUUGCUUUUGUUGAAUCCCCCUGUAGGGUUAUCCACGGCAUCCACCUGGAUUUGUCUCCAGUGGCAGACCUCUCAUUUCCACCCAAUUAGAUCAACUAGUUAGCUGUUUCUUUUCUGUGUAAUAUUAAUUUUUAAAUGGGUGUCUUUUAUCUUUUGUAUAGAAUUGAUUUUCAUUUAUUUUUUUUAUAGAAAGGAAAGAAAAAAAGAAAAAAAAAAUUAUUAUGGGCAUUAGUGUUAUUUAUAGGUUGAGUGAGCAAAUUUUGUCGAUACUCAGUUUCUGAUUUGGUAUUGUUUUUGGUUAUUUUGUAUUAAGUGAUCAAUGUUUUGUAAAUAUUUUUGUCCCCUUUUCAUACAUAUCAAGACUGUUUUAUAUUUUUUUUCCAUAAUUUUUUCUAAUUGUACGUGCAUAUGAGAGACACCAGCUAUUCUAAUACCAGCAUUAUUGUUUAUGUUGGAGUGGCUCUCCAACAUGUUGCAAUGUUUUGUCUUAUCUGUUUGUUCCACAUGUGCGACUGCGUGAGUCUGUAGGAUUCUUAGUACAACAAAGGGCUGUUGGUUACCCCAGGGUUCAUUGGAACAGUUGUUCUCUAUGAAUUUAAUGUGCUUUUAGUGUUUGUAUAGACAACAACACACACUCUUUCUGACACUUUUCACAGCUUAAGCAUGCUACAAGUUUGGAACACUGUUUAGAUUUUCUCAUCGGUUGGUGCCCAUUAACUCGGAUAGAUGUGGUGACGCCAUGCAUGCAGUACAUUCCUCCACCCUUUGGAAUGACAAAAGUGAUGUAUUUAUUUCUUUUGUACAGCCUCCAAUGAAAUGACGACGCAUGUUUUAAAGCAAAUGUUUUUAAAAUUUAUUUGGUAAAUACAGUUAGUGUUUCUGCUCUUGGUACAUCAAAAUCUUUUUUUAAAUGACAGGAAUAGCAAGCUAAUACUUCUGUAAGAAAAUGUAUGUGUGUGUCUGAAAGGUGGUGAGAACGCUAAGCCAGUUAAUGGGUUUUAUCACAUUUUCACAUCUCAUUAUCUCCGACAUAUUUCUGUCAAGGUGUGCAAAACUGUAGCCUAUGCUCUGCGGAAAUAUGUGUAAACUGCAGGGAUCGGUGAAGCUUAUGGUCAGGAACGUGAGCCUCUUUUUUUACAAUUACUCUACAUUUUUACAGAAAAUGUGGUUUUAUUACCAUUUCUGUAAUUCAUCUUCAGAAGCAAUUGUCAAAGUUCAAACUAUGCAGACAUUUUGAAUGUGAGAAGUGCUCUGGGGCUGUCUAUCACUCACUAUUAAGGUGUAAAGUGAUGGAUCCCUAUUCAACCAAAUUGGCUUAUAAAAAGCAUCCAUUAUUUCAACCAUUUUUCUAAUCAAAAUUCAUCAUUGUCUCAAAGUAUUUCUCUUGUAUGUUGGGUUAAAAUAAUGCUCAGAUUGCAGCAUUCUAGUCAUCGUGCAUACUUUCUCAAAUGAAUACUGUAAUGACACGGUUGCUUUAUUAUUUUUUUGCAUUGUAAUUAAUCUCAACCUUCAUCAAUUGACAGGCAAUGAUCCGUAAAGUUGCUUAAUAUAUAAACGUUUCUGCGGCAGGGUAGUUAAAUGCUGAACAUGUUUUAUGAUUCUUAUUAAACGGAGAAAUGCUGCUUCCUUUUAAGCUGGGAAAUGAGCUUGUUUUUGUCCUUAGGGAGUUGCCAUAUUGUUUUUGCGAGGUACAUUUUGGGAUGCGAGAUGUGCCCUAAUGAAUUACCUGACCUUGUCAUGAUUCUCUUGUAAUUUAUAUUUAUUUAUUGCAAAACCGUUUUUUAACUUGACAUUUUGAUAACUGGUGUUGAGCCUUUCAGAGUCUUUUUUUAAAUUUUGUGCACUUCCUUUGAACAUGCAAUGUCUUUUUUUUUUUUUAAUAUUUCUUUGUAUAAUGUACGACAAAGUAGAUCUGUAUUGUAAUA